AUGGCGAUAGCAGCGCCUUCACGGCAAGGUGCCAACUUGUGUACUAAUCAAGCAAGCCUUAUUAAAAUUGCACUGAUAUGUUUGGUUAUUUCUUCAGCUGUACAGUUGUUAUUACCAGUUAUCAAUGAGUAUGGAAAGUGGUUGUUCUUCUUUGGCCAUAGCUUAUGUCAAAUUUGUAAUGGAACGAAUUCGCGAGAGUUAUCGCUUCCUGCAAAUAACGAUCCUAUAUUUUUCCCGGAAAUUUUUCCGGUCGAAACCUGGACGGGAGCGAAGCCAGUGGCUGUCAUCCGAGCGAUUUCUGAGGAUGAACUCCCGGACCAUGCUCGAGAGCAAGAAGCUUUAGUUGCUCUUUCUGCAGCUCAGUCGAGUAGGCAGUCUGGAAAUAUCAAACGUGUGAGUUGCCAUUCACAUCACACCGUACAAAAAACUGUCGUUGCGUUUGUGGAGCGGAAAGAGUUCGAGGUUUUGACUAGUCGCUGA